CAUAGAUAUGAGAUUUGGUUUUCAUUUAAUCCAUCUUUCCCAAGCCAUAUGUGUGCCUUCCCUAUACGCACCCAAGCCCAGUUCUUUGACAUUGAAUCAAAAUCUACUUCAACACUCUAGAUCUUGUAAAUUUAUUAACCCUGUACUUUAUAAUUUUGCUUAUUACCUUUAUUCCACCCCAAAUUAUCAUUGAUCGCAAAAUAUGAUGCUCCCAUCUUAUUUACAGUUUGCAAUUCGAAAGCGCGUCUUGGCCGUCUUUAUAGUGUUACUAAUUAUUGCUACGUAUCUGGGAUUUGCACCUGCUUUGCCCAUUCCGGUGAAUGACAAAGCCUGCCAUUUCGUUGUGUUCUUCUUUCUCACUUUGGUUUUCUACUGGGUUUUCGAUUUAUCCCGUCGUCGCGCUACUCAACUCACUUUAGUUGUUUGUGGGCUUGUUGGUAGUGUUGGUUCAGAAUUUGUCCAAGCGUUUCUUACUUUACGAACCUUUGAUGUCUUUGAUAUUUUGGCCAAUCUGCUAGGUUGCUUCCUCUCUCUUAUGAUUAAUAUCAUGUAUCAUAAGCGACGCCUUGAAAAAAUUCAUUUCCAACGUUACGGUCAUUUGAACUCUGCUGAAGAUGAUUUGGAAUUGCAAGCUCAAGAAUCCGAAGACACAGAUAUGGAGGACGAUCCUAAUCGUGCAACAUAAGCCUAAAAGUGAUGUUUCCUUUCUUUAUUAUCCUUUCUCUUCGUUUGGAACUUCCUUAUUUGCUUAUAAUUAUGUUCAUCUUUUUUGUAGCUUGAUUUAUGUCUUAAGUUUUUCUCAUGAAAAAUUCAAAGCUUUUAUACUUCAUGAUUCCUUCACGCAAUAUUAGGCAAUGUUAUUAUAUACAUGUCUGUCAAUCAUUGUAAUGAAAGUCAAAAAUUUUUAUUAAAGAGUUUGAUGGAAUGAGAAGCUUGAUUAGUAUACCUAUGUGAUAAAUUCUCAGUAUUAAAUAUUAGCAACCGCCAGAUAAUUAGGAUAUGAAUGAGCGGUUUGCAUUCUCUAAUCUUAAAAUUCUGAUUAUUUCAUGAAACGUUUUUCUAAUGCAAGCAAUCCGGCUUUAUUCAAUAACUUGUCCAAUUAAGUUCACAUUUUUAGUGUCCGUUCCACGGAAAUGAAAGCUUUUAAGUUAAAGGCAAAUGGGGGACCAAAUGAUCCAGAGUUUUGUAUGAAUUCUCAAAAGAAUCAAC